GUUCCACCCCCAAACCGCACCAGACCUGUUUGCUAGGACGGGCAAGUUCAACCCGAUAAAUAGGUAACGCUAAAGAAGGGCACGCAAACGCGAAAAACGGUGGCGAAGGAGGGUAAAGUUGUUAAACAAGAAAGUGGGAAAAACAAGUGCGCGUCGCUCGGGUCUGCAGUGCGUUUUGUACCGUUGCGUCUGCUCGUACGUAAAGCAAAGUAAAGAAGGGGGAAACGGAACGAAUAGAAGGUUUGCAAAAUUAACUCAAUCUGCAGGCGUUUUGCUGCUGCUGUCAUAGCGGGAAUUCCUGUGCCAGUAAAAUCACCAUCGUCCAUCGCCUCCGCACGCCCCAUCGCAGUGCAUGCCACAGAUACAGGAAUGGAGCUGGAUAAUAUAUACCUGAACAAGCUGCCGAUCGUAGCCGCCACGGGCAGCGAGGGCGGCACCUGGAACCACUACGCGUUCAUCGAGAGCACCUGGGGCGAGCGCAAGAUACUGCUGAAGAUAAUCGUGUUCAGCCCGCUGUACAACACGCCCCUCAGCUUCCUGUCCGAGAUCGACCACGAGGUGCUGCAGCAGACGGCCAUUCGGCUGGAGCGGCCCUGGAACGAUUUCCUGCACGAGACCAAGCUGGCACUCUGCACCGAGGGCGGCGCGAACGGGUUCAGCUACGCGGUCGAGGAGAACAAUUUCGUGUGGCGCAAGGUGGUGGGGCCCGCGCUAACCGUCGCGUACGGUUCGGUCAUACUGCUGCGCUCCCAGUGCCUGCUGUCGGAUGUGCUGUCCAACUCAAUCGCCACCCAGAACCGUUUGCGCAACGAUGUGCAGCUGAAGAACAAGGUACUGCACGAGCUGAAGGAGGAGCACGAGGAGCUGGUCGAGCUGCAGCGCCAGCAGGAAGAGGACAGCCGGCUGUACGAGAUCGAACUGAUAACGAAGUGCAUCAGCAUACUGAACGAGAAGAAGGAGGUGAUCAACCAUCUGAAGAAAAAGCUUGCCGAAGACGACGAUGAAGCAGAGGGCGAGCAGGAAGGGCGGGACGAGGACGAGCGAGAGGAGGAGGAAGAGCGCCGGCGGGUUGAGACGGUGGCUGCCGCGGCUGCGGCGGCGGCCGCUGCUGCUGCUGCUGUGGGGUCGUACGGUGGUCGGCGGUUGGCGACUGAAGAGGAAGAUGCCGCAGCAUCCCCGCUUGGAGCGAGCGAUUCGGAACCGUUCCUGGUGGACAGCGAUCCACAGGAUCAGGACGAGCACGGCACGCUGCCCAAGCGAACGAAGUAUCAGCUGGCGCAGCGUAGUGCGACGACCACAUCAGCCAGCAGUAGUGUGUCGUCCACGGUUACCCGCAAAUCGACGGUGCCAGAGGAGGACGAUGUCGGCGCACGGGAACAGCCCGAUGGCCAGCUGGACGAUCUGUACAAUAAGGACACGCAGGAACUUUUGCAGCAGAUGUAAACUAGUGAUGGAUAGAGUUGGCAAAAAUCCGGAGUCGAUUCCGAUCCGACUCCGAUAAUUUCGGAACCGACUCCGGAAGGUAGGUCCGCCCAGCAUUAUCUGAAGUCGUUCGGAAUCGUCCGGAAUCGGCCAGAGUUGUUGGAAAUCGGAGUCAUCCGAAGUCGUCUGGAGUCGUUUGGUAUUGUUCGGAGUCGUCGGAGUCGUCUGAAAUCGGUUGGAGUCGGAGUCGGCCUUCGAAACAAAGGCUUGUAUACGAAGGGCACGCGUAAAAAGAAUGAAAAAAAAAACACAUCGAAAGGAAAAGCCUGUUCACAAGCACAUUGCAUCGAACAGCAGAAUGAUUGCGACUCCGUAUGACUCCUACUCUGAACGACUCCGGGCGACUCUGAAUGACUCUGGACGACUCCAGACGAUUCCGAACGAUUCCGAACGAUUCCGGGCGGAGGGUGGUUCGGAUAUGGCCGGAGUCGGAUCGGAGUCGUGGGUGCGCUCCAAAGAGCACAUCACUAAUGUAAACGUUAGACUGGAAAGGAAGGAAGCGGAAGCACGAGGCAUUUUUUAAACGAAACCACAUAAAUCAGCAAAAACAUCUCCGUUUUGCGUUUAGAUUAGGAUAAGCCAGCGUUUGUGUGUAGUUUGUGAGUGAUUGCAUUUCGGUUUCCCUUCAAAUCAAACUCCCAUCUUUAUCAUCUUUAUUCCUUCCGUUACAAAAAUGCCAAACAAAUUAGAUGGCAGUUAGCUGGCGGAAGCAGAUGGCGAACCAUCGUACUUUAAAUCAAUUGUAUGUGUCGUAAGCGUAACAAGCAGCAACAGUGUGUCAUAGUGCAAUGGAAUAUUUUAGCGUAAUUUAUGUGCCAACAAUACAGGGUAAGGGAGUGAAAUCAAGCGUGAGAAUCUGUGAAGCUUUUAUUUUUUUUCGGGCUAAAUUUUACUUUACGUGUUUCGUAUUUCGAUAGCCCCUCUCUCUCUAUAUCAACCCUUUCUACCAUUACCGUUUCUAUUCCCUUGCGUUCAAAGUUCUGACUGAACCAAAACCGAAGGGCAGUAAGUUAAGAUUGAAAACAUUUGCUAUAUUCCUUUUAAGGAGGAGGAAUACGAUUCAAACGUAGUAUGUAACUAUUUAUUAUUUUAUAUUGCCAUUUGAUUUAAGUCACAUCACAUUACCCAUUUUUGAUAAUAAAAAGGAUAAUCAUCAAUUUACGGUUAAUGCAAUGGGUUGCAAUUUCGCUGAAAUGAUAUCACACAUCACAUCUACGAUAUAAAAAAACGAUAAUUACAAAACACAGUAAAUCGUGAAAAUGCCAGUAGUAGCAGGGAGACAAAACCUAAAAAGCGAGGAACAAUCAGUCAGAAGCUCUAUAAAUUUUUGUGAUGGGUUUUGGGUUUUGUACUUUCAUUACUAUUACGCGCAUAUGAAAUGUCUACUGGAACUAUUUAUUUGUAUCAAAAUUGAAAUAAAAAUUAUUUUAUUGUUUUUCAUUAAAUAAACUAUUCCUUUCUUAUAUCAAGUAACGAUAUUUGCACAAUAUCUGUGUUGUUUCGUUAGUUGUAGAUAAAUCACGCAUAGAUUUAAGCAUUCGUGUACUUUAAUAGCAAUUUAGUGGGGGGAAUGUGAUAAAGCGAGAACUGGACUGGAAUGUGUGCAGGGAUGUGUUGGGGCAUGGUAUAGUGCGACGUCUGCAGAUGACCGUAUCCGUUCUUUCGUUUUGGACAGUUUCCCAACGCACUGAAGCAGUUCCAAUUUCCACUAUUUUAUUAUGUCUCCUUUAGUUUGCUUGUGUUGUUUAUGUGUCUGUGUUUUGUUGUGUAGGUGUGUGUUUGUGUGUAUGUUGUUGUGGGGUUUGCUAUAUGCACCUCUUUUCGAUGAACCGCUACCGCUCGAAUGCGUUAAUGCGUGAAUCAUGGAUCACGGACUUCAGUCCCUUCAUCAGUCCCUUUAAUCCACGGACGAUUUUU